AUGGGAAGUGUGGUGCCUGUGGAAGAGCAUUCGGGGGACCGAAACCCCAAUGAUAACCGAGACCGAAUCGAAGAAAUCCUCCAUGAUCAAACAUGGACCCAGGUCUUCAAAUCAUCAUCCAUCCUUGAUAAAAUCCCUCCCGAGAUCCUACACCAAGUGCUCUCAUACUUGUCCGCCCGGGAUCUUGCCCGUGUCUCCGCUACUUGUCGAGUGCUGGCCGAGCAUGGCGCCGACGACCGGUUAUGGGCCGAACUGGUCAACUCGCAUUUACCUUCAUCUAUCCAAGAGCCAGGACCAUUUAUAUCAUUUCGCCGCCUAUACCUAGCUCAUCUCGCCUAUUGGUUCAUUCCUCAGCAUAAGAUAUGGUUCGCAGACAAUGAACACACCGGAAACCUGAUCUUAGCUCGUUAUGAUAAUCGGAGAGGGGUCAUCGAAGGCUAUCGACUUAUAGCAGAUCGAGGUAGUCCAAGACUUCACAUUUGGCAAUCGAAUCCCGAUGUUAUGAUUCAGUCAUUUGACCCCAAGGUCGGACUAUGGCUAGACGACCCAGUUCUGUUUCUCAAAGACCAAGACCCCACAGAUCCUAUCGCCCCUUGCCAGACCUGGUCAGAAGAGCGUCGUAUGCCCAUGGCCGCAGAGGCCCAGCAUGUUUUCAGCUCGUUGUUAUUAUGCCCCAAAGGGACCCCACAACCAGAGGACCACGAAGAGAAUGCAAUGAAAAAAGAUUCCCUUUGGCCACCGUUAUCUAUUCCUAGCUCAAUUCGCAUACGCCGAGAACUUUCUGCGCUCGAAAUACCGGAUCCUAAAAGCUUAUUUGAUGCCUCCGAAUUGGCAUUCCGCAUUCGACGAUGGGCUAAUUUGCGCAUGGUGCUUUCACCGGGCCAUAAUGAAGCUGUCGCGACCUACGCUACUCUUGACCCGAGCCUGUAUGUACCAACGAAAGAGAAGCCAUACCAAGGCAUUUGGGUGGGAGACUACUCAGCCCAUGGCUGUGAGUUUCUUCUGUUCAUUCAGCGGGAUAAAGAAGAUGUCGCGGAAGACCAAGAUGCGGACCAAGCCGAGCAAGAUGGAGCCAGUGGUUUGGUUCAUCAAGGAAGUCUCGAAGCUGUUAAGCUUACCGGGGAUCCCAAUGUUCCUCGUGGUGCGACAUCCUUUAUAGCUGAGGAUAUCGGGCCGAAAGGGCUUGCUAGAGUGGAUCCCAAGGAACCAUUCGAGAAUGCACGCAUCGUGCGAUGUUCAGGCCAUGUUGCUGGGAUUGGAUUCCAAGAUGAUUCUUUCAUCAAAUCUCAACUCAUUCUUAUUUCACCGGAUUACAUAGCACACUACUGGCAGGAAAUGGGUCACGUCUCCUAUUUUCGUCGAGUUGAUAUAGAUUCUCUCAUCCAGACAUGA